GCUAAGAAUGGCGGAGUGGCGAUGGUCCCUUUUUAUACCUACUUCAUAACAUGCAACAGCACCGCUACUAUAAAAGACGUUAUUGCACACAUCAAUCAUAUUCGAAAGGUAGCGGGAAUUGAUCACGUUGGGAUCGGAGCGGGUUUCGACGGGAUAAAUUUCACUCCCACGGGUUUAGAAGAUGUCUCGAGGUAUCCGCAACUAUUGGCCACCUUGCUGGAGGAUCCUACAUGGACGGAGGAAGACAUCAAGAAACUAGCCGGCCUCAACUUGCUGAGGGUAUUCGCAAAAGUCGAACAG